ACACGAAUAAUUGAAAAGCAUCCCUGUUUUAGCUAUUCGCACUUGCUCGUCUAUUUUUCUUGCGUGUCAAAAUUUACAUUGAAAGUGAAAGUGCAAGUUUGAUAAAGUACAAAAUUUUGGAUUCACUCAGUAUUUAAGUAGAAAAGCAUUUACUAUGGCGCCACAACAAAAGGGUAAACAAGCUACCAAAGGAGCAAAACAAAUCGUGGAGGAGAACAAAAGUACAUUAACGUUUUACAGAAACAUGGGUCUGGGCAGUGCAGCUGCGUCAAUUAUAGUAAAUGCUAUAUUUUUUGAAAUAUCGAAAGUUACAGUGAUCAUGAGUAUACUAACAAUAAUAGCUCUAACUGCAUCUUACCAGUUCAUGAAGUUUAUGUCACAGCCAAAGUAUAUGGAUUCUGGAGCUCUUUUAGAUUCAGGCAGUGAUUUAAAUAUGGAGGGCGGCAUUGCAGAACAUGUCAAAGAUCUUGUUAUACUCUCCUCUGGUACUAUGCUGCUUGCUUUAAUUUCCAAUUACUUUUGGUUUUUGUUGCUGUUAGCACCUGGCCGUGCCAUUUGGAUGUUGUGGCGAAGCGUAAUACAACCAUGGUUAAUACAGCGAAACGCAAGUCAAGAACAGACCCAAGUUGAUGAGAAAAAGCAGAGAAAAAUGGAGCGCAAAAUGCGGAGGAUGAGAUGAAAACCGUUUUGUAUAUUGAGACUUAACAAAUCUAAGUCAAAUGCUACAGUUUAAUGUGGUAUAAAAAACUAAGAACCAAGCAGCACUACUAGUGAUCACUGUAACAGAGUUUUUUGAAUUUGAACACAGCUGGAAGUGAAUAGUUUAUUUUUAUACAUUUUUUGGUUGUUUGGUGUAUAUUAGAAUAAAAAUAUAAGAUUUGAUCCAUCAAAUAUAAUGUAUGCAUUUUUGUAAUUAUA